AUGAAUUCCCUACGACUAGUCAGCCGUGCUUUGCCCAAGGCUUCUCUACGCCGGUCUGUUGUCCGCUACUCCUCCUCCGUCUCAAGAUUGGCACUCCGCCGACCAGUAUGGCAAACGGCAGCAAAGGCAUCAUACCCGGCGUUUUCAACUUCUGCCUUCCGUCGAGAAGCUGCUGGUGAUUUCGACGUUGAACUGUCCGAGAAGUUGAACUCCGAACAACAGCUUGAGCUGGAAAACAGUGGCGAAGGCGCCCUCAGCGAGAUCAACGAUUUCUUGAAGAACCACGAUUACUGGAAAGUCCAAGACAAGCCUGGUACUCAUGAAGUAUUCUUCACAAGAGAAUUUGGCAAUGAAAAGAUCAAGGUCGCCUUGACCGUUGCUGACAUCGAUAACAUUGCCGACGAGGACGAAUACGGCGGAAUGGACGAAGAUGCUGCUCUCGAUGAUGAAGUGGACUAUGGGUCAAACAAGGCCACCAUCAACCAGUCUGGCGUAAGAGGAGGCAAAGUCGAUGUCAUGCCGGAGGACAGCAUUGCCCCAGCAGACAGAGAUGCAGAGGACACCGGGCUCCCGGACGAGACUCCGGCAUACCCUAUCAACCUGACAAUUACCAUCACCAAGCCCAGUAAGCGGGCGAUCGAAAUCCGCGCCGUCGCCCAGGAAGGUACUAUUGAGCUCGACUCAAUCAGCAUAUUCCCGAAAGAGUCACUGCUCGAGGCACAAACACCCAAGGACGCUCAAGAAGCCCGCAGCCUAUAUGCAGGCCCGACCGUCGGUAACCUUGACCCCGACCUCCAAGCGAUGCUCGAAAAGUACCUUGAGGAGAGAGGUAUCGACGUUGAUUUCGCCAACUUCCUGCCGAAGUAUAUCGACUACAAGGAGCAGCGAGAAUAUGUACAAUGGCUCGAUGACAUGAAGACGUUCGUCGAGGAGUAA